AAUCGGCCCAUACGUCACGGGAUCACUCUUGAGGCUGGCGCCAUCCCUCCGCGUGGAUGUAUCUACCGCAUGAGCGAAGAGGAACUCGAGGUGCUUCGCGCACAACUCGAUGACCUUCUCGACAAGGGCUGGAUUCGCCCUAGUUGCUCGCCAUACGGUGCCCCUGUUCUCUUCGUCCGGAAGAAGAACAAAGACCUACGGUUAUGCAUCGAUUAUCGGAAACUUAACGCACAAACCAUAAAGAACGUCGGCCCCCUCCCUCGGAUUGAUGAUCUCCUUGAGUGGUUAGGCGGCGCGACGUACUUCUCGAAGUUGGACUUGAAGUCAGGUUACCACCAGAUCGAAAUCCAGCCUCAAGAUCGGUACAAGACCGCGUUCAAGACGCGGUACAAGCAUUUUGAGUGGGUUGUCAUGCCUUUUGGCCUCACCAAUGCCCCCGCAACUUUUCAAGCAGCUAUGACGACUGAGUUUCACGACUUGCUCGAUCGCAGCGUCCUCAUCUACCUCGAUGACAUCUUGGUCUAUAGCAAGACGUUGGACGAGCACAUCACACACCUUCGCGCUGUUUUGAAUCGUUUGCGACUGGCCAAGUACAAAGCGAACCGCGACAAGUACGAGUUCGCCAAGCAAGAGCUUGAGUAUUUGGGCCACUAUGUUACGCCAAAAGGCAUUCGUCCAUUAGCGAACAAGAUCCAAGCCAUCGUGGAUUGGCCGGAACCCCGUUGUAUGACGGACGUACGCUCUUUCAUGGGAUUGGCUGGAUAUUACCAGCGAUUCGUCGAGUCAUACUCGAAAGUGGCCGCUCCUUUGUCGGGACUUCAGUCCCCGAAGGUGCCCUUCGAGUUCGACGACGCAGCCCGUGGCGCRUUCACUACGUUGAAGGCAGCGAUGCAAGCCGCACCUGCCCUCCGUAUAUACGACCCCACCCUACCCACCCAAGUGACUACGGACGCUUCGGGAUACAGGAUUGGUGCAGUGUUGGAACAGUGUCACGAGGACGGUUGGCAUCCGGCCGAGUAUUUCUCCCAAAAGGUGCCUCUCGUAAACACUCUCGACGACGCUAGGAAGAAAGAGCUACUCGCGUUCGUCACCGUUCUCAAACGGUGGCGCCACUUUUUUCUCGGCCGUCGGCGUUUUAAAUGGAAUACGGACAACAAUCCGUUGACCUUUUACAAAACGCAGGAUACGGUCACUAGUACGAUCGUUCGAUGGAUGUAUUACAUCGACCAGUUCGACUUUGACCCGUGCCACAUUCCCGGUCCCRYCAAUCGAGCUGCGGACGCCCUCUCACGACGGCCCGACUUUUGUGCCAUUGUGACCACGGCAUUCGACCUCGAUGACGAUCUGCAACCGCAUUUCGUCAAAGGCUACAAGUCCGAUCCGACUUACUCUACGCUUUACGCGGAGCUUUCAUCGAAUCACCCGCCGGCUAGCCACUAUCGGAUUUCCGACGGGUUCCUUCUCCUUCACACGAGAGGAAAGGACUUGUUAGUUGUGCCCCAAGAUCGCAUCUUACAGACUCGUCUUCUCGGCGAAUUCCACGAYGCACGACUUUCGGCACACCUUGGCGUGAACCACACACUAGCACGCCUCCGCCAGCGUUUUCACUGGCCUGACGUCCUUCAUGACGUCACGAGGUACAUUGAGUCAUGUGCAGUUUGUCACCGUAACAAGGGUCGAUCUCGAGCCCCUUUCGGCGAACUCAAACCGUUGCCGAUCCCUCGGGCACCACGCCUCUCCAUUGCUAUGGACGUGACAGGCCAAUUUCCCCGUGAUCACCACGGCCAUGACGGUAUUCUCACGGUCGUUGACCGUUUGAGCAAGUAUGCUCGCUUCCUUCCUUGCAAGUAUCAUGCUGCAGCACCCGAGCUCACACGACUCUUGCACGCCGGUUGGAUUACCAACAGGGUGUUCCGGAAGACAUAGUGAGCGACCGAGAUACUCGCUUCAUGUCAACCUUUUGGACUUCCCUCAUAGCUGAGUCCGGUACGACAAUGAAGCCGAGCUCGGCUC